AUGGCUUAUGUAUCUUUAUUGGUUUUACUUGGACCUUCUAAUAUAUUGGAAGAUUUCAAUCAUAAAGAUUUUCUUCAUUCAUCAUUUUUUAUUCAUUGUGUUUCAGAUGAUGAAUGUAAGAAUACACUUGAAAGAUAUCAAAAUAAUGUUUUAGAAAUGGAUAUAGUUUUACCAGAUACUGCAGUUGAUCUUAUUCGCACUUAUCAAAAUCCCAUAUGUCCACGAAAAUCUUUUCAUAUUUAUUGUCAAACCGAACAACGUUUACAAGAGUGUCGACAGUUACACGUAUGCAGUAGAUAUGAUUCAGUUUUCAAUAUGAAUAUGCUUCAACAGAAACUUGAACGAAGAGCACAGAAUCAUCUUCUAAGGCAUAUGGAAUAUUUGGAAAAUCUUAAGGAACAAGGAAAUGCAGAUGCUGCUGAUUCACUUAUUUUAAUUGGAGAGACAUUUGAACAAAAUGCAGCAAGAAUCAAUGAAGAAAUUCGACAAAAAUCUUCUUUAGGUACACAAUCAGAUGAACUUGACAACGGAUGA